AAAAGGGGUAGUAAAAUUAUGUAUAUAACAUACAUAUUACAGAGUUGAAAUUACCAUUCGAUUUCAGCUGCUGUGAGCCUGUGAAUUCUGUCCUCUCUCUAUAGCUCCCUCUCUCUCUAAAAUUCUCUGCGGUUCUCUCUGAGCUCUUUUGGGAAGACAAUCAAUGGCGAAUAGUAAUCUUCCUCGAAGAAUUAUCAAGGAGACGCAGAGGCUUCUCAGUGAACCAGCUCCUGGAAUUAGUGCUUCCCCAUCCGAGGAAAAUAUGCGGUAUUUUAAUGUGAUGAUUCUUGGUCCAUCUCAGUCUCCUUAUGAAGGUGGGGUUUUUAAGUUGGAGUUGUUUCUACCUGAAGAAUAUCCGAUGGCACCUCCCAAGGUUCGCUUUCUCACAAAAAUAUAUCAUCCUAACAUUGACAAGCUUGGACGGAUUUGCCUUGACAUCUUGAAAGAUAAGUGGAGUCCAGCCCUACAAAUUCGAACUGUAUUGCUCAGUAUUCAAGCUCUCUUGAGUGCUCCAAACCCGGAUGAUCCGCUUUCUGAGAACAUCGCAAAGCACUGGAAGACUAAUGAAACCGAAGCUGUUGAGACAGCAAAAGAGUGGACCCGAUUGUAUGCUAGUGGCGAAUGAAUAUGAGAUGCUUCUCAAAACUUAUGAUGGUUCUUGAUGUUAAAUUUCAGUCUUUUAGUCUUAAAACAUGUUUUUUUAGACUUAAAUAGACAUAUGGUGUGACCGGUUGAAAUUCGUAGUGUUUAUUCUCAAAUGGGUAGUGUAAAAGGUGAUUUUAUUGUAUGAUGUUAUGAUAAUGUAGGAGUUGGUUCUCAAA